AUGGAGUCACUUGAAACUACAGCAGGGGUGAAGAGCCCCACGGAGGGUCAGGACGGAAACAUUGCACAGACAAAAUGCACAUCGGAGGCUGCCCAGACAGGUGGGAGUCCAACAGGGGAACUGGAAGGAGAGGGGUGGCACCAACAACUGGAAGAAGCUCAGAGCCAAGACACCUGUGGUUUCAAAGAAGUAUCUGACUCAGGGAAAUUACUACAAUUAGAAGAUCAGCCCUCCGAGUCCACAAGCCAUCCAGACUAUGAGGGGUCUUCAUAUCCAGUUCAGUCCACAAAACAGUUUCCCUCCGGCAGACAGAAAGCUGCCGGCCACUUGGGUUCUGCACAGACUGCGGGACCCACAUCUCACAGGAAAUCCUCCGGUUCACUUGAAGUCCAACAACAGUGUUCGCAUUCAGAGAUGGAUGAGCUGUCGGACAAGGUGGAACCUGUGUGUAAGGUGGAUCAGAAACCACAAAAGCCUGGGAAGUAUGUAUGUGAUUACUGCGGAAGAGCAUGUGCCAAACCCAGCGUGCUUAAGAAACAUAUUCGCUCACACACUGGGGAACGGCCCUAUCCCUGUGUCCCCUGUGGAUUCUCCUUUAAAACCAAAAGUAAUUUAUAUAAACACAGAAAGUCCCACGCUCACUCCGUCAAAGCUGGAACAGUGCCAUUCUCAGAACUUGGUUCUUACAAUGCCAACACGGACCAGGGGUCUUUUGAAGGGGAAGGAGAAUUAUUCUCUGAUGCUGAGCAAAGCACGGACACGGACGAGGACACUCUUAACGACCCGCUGCUGCUGCUGGACUCGCCAGUGGAGGGAUCGGAUAACACUGCUGUAAAAGUACUGAAUCUCAUUGCUCAGAAAAAGGGAGCCACUUUGAUGUCAGCCCAAGAUGGUUCAUCCCAGCCUCAAGAAAUCAAUGCACCUUGUGCCGCUUCCGAGGCUAGCCGUGCAAUUCAAUCUUGCACAAUCAAACAGAGGCUUGCACUUCGGCUGUCUGAAAAAAGAAGCAGCGACUCAGAACACAAUCUGUCCCUUCCGAGUCAGUCCAGCAAGGGCAGCACGGACUCCGGCUACUUCUCUCGCUCCGAAAGCUCUGAGCACCAGACGGGUCCGCCCAACGCCAACGCCAAGUCCUAUCAAGAAAUCAUGUUUGGAAAGUGCUACAGGCCGAGCCCUAAGCAGACGACGGUCUGCAGCACAGACUCGAGUGAAUACACCAGGAAACGCUCAGAAAAAGGUGUUUCCCGUGUUUUCACCCAGGAGAAAGACACCGUGGAGUCGAUCAAAAUAAACACCAAGUCCUUCACAAGGGAUGAGGGGAAAGAACCCCAGUCAGACUGCGGCUCUGAUGUGGGUUCUCUGAUCAGAAGCAACUCAAUGCCAGCAUCCUCAGCCGUGUGUCUGACGAUGCCUCAAUCCCUCAGAGGCAGCCAUUCGUUUGAUGAGCGAACAAGCACCGGGGGCGCGAGGAGACUCAGGCGGCAAGCUGCUUUCGAAGUCACUGCACAUGACGGGCAUGCAGAGGCUGACAGCCAUGGAAAAAUGGGUGAGUGUGGCAUAUCAGCCGCAGGAAUGGAAAUGGAAAAUUACCCCUCGAUGGCGUCUAAUAUGAGCCAUCAGAGACACGCAAUGGAACUGGCAACGCGGAAGCGUCGGAAAGAGAAGCGGGAGGAGGAGGAGUUGGCCAUUCAGUACGAGGGCCUUCAUGAAGAGUGUGAGGAAAUGUUUGAUUCCAGCAAGGACUAUGAUUCAAAACAAGCUGCUCUGGGCAUUUUGGCUUUAGGGAGAGGACAUUCUUCAAGUGUGCUCACACAAAUUGAGAGGUGUGACAUGGACAUAUCAGUGAGCCCGGAAAUCUCUGGUCGAAAAACCUUAGGGAAUGUGAUUUCAGUUAUUCAGCACACAAACUCCAUAAACAGGCCUCACUCGGAACAGUCAGAAUCCUACAAGUAUCACGGGCAGAGGCAGGAGAGUAUUUCUUUAUUUCAAGCUAUGGAGGCAGGUGAAUCAUAUGAACUGGAACGGAGUGACAGUCGACUACGGCAGUCAUUUCAAAUGGGCCCCAAACUUGUGAGACAGCCCAACAUACAAGUCCCGGAGAUCAGGGUCACUGUGGAGCCCGACAGUCCAGAGAAGGCUCCCGAGGUGCAGGUGAAGGAGCCAGAGAAGCACGUGGAGGAGUUUCAAUGGCCUCAGAGGAGUGAAACUUUAGCACAAUUCCCUCCGGAAAAACUCCCUCCAAAGAAGAAACGUCUACGCCUCGCUGAUCUGGAGCACUCCUCUGGUGAAUCUAGCUUCGAGUCCGCCUGCACUAGUCUCUCCCGCAGUCCGAGCCAAGACAGCAACUUAUCAUACAGCUCCACCUUCUCCUUUGACAGGGAGGAGAGCUUGAAGUCCCUCUCCCCAGCCCGGCAGGAUGAAUUUGGCAAACCACUAGAGCUCUUAGCAGUGCCAGGGAGUGGGCACUCCCUCUCUGUGCUCACCCAGCGUCAACAACAUGAAAUGCGACGCUCUGCCUCGGAGCAGGCGCCGUGUAACUUGCGCAAGGAGUUCCCAGAGGUACGCAGCAUAUCAUUUGACUAUGGCAGUCUUUCUCCAACAUCCAAAGUUAGACACGUGGACAUCAGCGCUGGCCUCUCCGCUCUGAACGAGAGAAGGAGGGGCAACUUGGUGCGACAGGAGUCUCUGAAUAUGGACACUGAAGUAACACAAGUCCCAUCACAAGUGUUUCCACAGUACCUCAGCAGCACUUCCCCUCCGUUCACGGCACUUACUGCUCUGCCGCAGACUUUGCCAAUAUUUUCCACAGGGAAUACAUUUCCCCAGCUGUCACAUCCAAGCCUGUUAGUUCCCGUACGAUUACAGACCCAUGUGCCAUCCUACGGCAGCAUCACAUACACCUCAGUAUCACAGAUUUUUGACAAUCAGUACGACAGUGUUAGCUCUACUACAAUCACCUCUCUACAUCAAGCUUUACGUUUGCCUGGAAUUCUUGAUUCUCAUAAUGUAUCAGCUCACAUCAAACCACUCUCUUCACACACACUCAGUGUUGAAGCCCUUGAUUUGUCCUCAGCUAAACUCAAGACGGGCAUCCCACUCUCUCUGACUUCCAGAACCAUCUCGACCACUAAUGCCUCCAGCGGUGGCGCAAACAAACGGAUGCUAUCCCCCGCCAGCAGCCUCGACCUUUUCAUAGAGGUCAAGCAGCAAAAGCGUGUGAAGGAGGAGAGAAUGUUUGGGCAGAUUGUAGAGGAGCUGAGUGCUGUGGAGUUGGGAAAAUGCAAUUUGAGCGAAGAGAUAGGGCAUAGGUCAGAGAUGCAGGGUGCAUGCACACCUGAUUUAAAUAGGAGUACAUUUAUCACGCUUCAGCAGAAAGCCACAGAGGCCACUGAUCACGGUGCCGAGUCAGCUAUGGAAAGUAGCUCCCUGGGAAGCGGCUCUCCUCCUUUCUCUGUGAUAUCAGUCAGAGAAGGCAAAGGCAUUAGCAUGGAGAAACGAAUGCAGAUGGAUAUGGUGGCACAGCUGGUUACCAGUCAAGACAUCCUGACCUCGGACGCCAAGCCAUCAAGACUGUUAUCCCAGUUUCCAAGUCUUCGCACAAAGACGGGUGUGAGCUGGUGUUUCCUCAACUACACCAAGCCGAGCUGCUCCCACAGCAACUCCCCUUCGUUCUCUGUGUACACCUCCUGGUGUGUGAGUUCCCACAACCCAAACCCUCUGGAAGUGAGCACCAGUGCCGCUCUGGCUCUUCUCCGGUCCAAACAGAGGGGAGACAAGGUUAUAUACACCGUGGCCGCCAUGUGUCAGCCGGGGACAGGGAAGCUGGUGUCAUCGCUCAUCCUCUGGAGGCAGAGCAUGGAACAGCUGCAGAGGAAACCGGAGCCCAAAGAGGUGGAGAUCGGCUACGGGAAGAAGGUGAAAGACAUUAGCUGCAGAGUGAAAACUGCCAAGGAGGAGUGGAAGGAGAGGGAGGCCACCACGACCCAAACAGUGCCAACGCGCAUUAAGAUCUUCGAGGGAGGGUACAAGUCCAGCGAGGACUAUGUGUAUGUCCGAGGUCGAGGCCGGGGGAAAUACAUCUGUGAGGAGUGUGGUAUUCGCUGCAAGAAGCCAAGCAUGCUGAAAAAACACAUAAGGACCCACACCGACGUGAGGCCGUACAUCUGCCGGGUUUGCAACUUCGCUUUUAAAACUAAAGGAAACCUGACUAAACAUAUGAAGUCGAAGGCGCACAUGAAGAAAUGUCUGGAGCUGGGCGUGUCAGUGACCAUGGACGAGGCAGAGAUGCAGGAACAAGCUGACGACAACCAACAAGAUUCAAAGACAGAGGUGGGGGUCACGGCCAAACAUCAGUUCUCAGACGCAGACGAGUCGGACGGCAUGGACGAAGACGCUGAUGAUAUCGACGAAGACGAGGACGAGGACGAUGACUACGAAGGCGACUCCACUCCAAAGUUGCGCUCAAGAAGCACCAGUCCUCAGCCCUGUGGAGUCACUUCUCUGUCGGUCACAGCCACGGCUGCCCUCCACGGCUGCUCCCUCAGCUCGCUGCCCGGCACCGACGUCCGCCAGCAGCCUUCUGGCAGAUGGACCGACUCCGACCAGCGACCCGUCCUCGCCAGCGACCACAGAGAGAAGUCUGUGGACGAAGACUCUUUGACCAUGCUGUCUCCAGACCACGCCAGCUUCCUGUUUGACCCUUACUCCUCCUGUCUGCUCUCUCCGGGCUGGGAGUCUCCCAUCAGGGAGCCCUCGCCUUCCCGCCUGCGUUACCCGUCCCCGAGGCGAGAGCUCUCCCCGCGGGGCCGCUCCUCGCCAAGAUGGGACACUUCCCCGCUGAGGCCCAGCUCCCCCAGCUUCACGCCCAUUCAGCAUCUCUCCCCGGCCUGUAUCGAGCGACCCAUGUCUCCUGGAUCGGAGCUGAGUGGGAAGCGAGACUCCUCGAUCCGGGGCCGACAGCGGGUUGUGCUGAGAGCCGUUUCCCCGCGUAGAGGGUCACACCAACACAAAGGCGGUGGAGAUAAAACCAGACACCAAGCGAAGAUGGAGAUGGCUCAACAACAAGGAUUCUUUGAAAUGGAAAUGGAUCAAAGAGGCAGCUUGGCCUCGGCUCUUCCCGGCGCUGCCAGUUCUCAUCACCAGAACAUCCUCAGCCACCUCCCUUUGCACUCGCAGCAGCAGGCCCACAGCUUGCUGCCCGUGGUUCCUGUCGGAGCGCUCCAGAUGUUACCGUCCCCGUCCUCGUCCGGCACUGAUGUCACCUCCUCCUCCUCGGCGCCGAGCCCACAGAGCAGCGAGAGCCAGCGCUGCAGCAGCAGAGAGGGAUCUGUCCACGAGCCCGAGACGGGAGGAGAGGACAUCGGAGGCCAGAACCAGCUCCCCCCCCACCAGGAGGAGAGCCUGAACCCCGGCGGCAGCGACACCGGGCAGGAGGAGAACGUACAAACCUGUUUGAAAGCCAUCGCCUCGCUGAAGAUUACCACAGAAGACCCUCACUAA